AAGAUACAGGUUCAUCAAGAACAAUGGCGGACAUCUCAGGGAUCAAAACAAGUCUGAUGCUGUCAAAUGAUAAAUUUAUUUCCAAAAACCGAUACCCACGUCUAUUCGCGCCAAGAACGAAAUUCAAACGACCGUCACGCGCAAUGGCGCCAUCUUCGAGCGACCUGCGGCGCCCCCUGUCCGAAGGGUUUUUUAAUACGAACACGCGUGGACAGAUAGCGUCACCGAUUAGCUGUGCACGUUUAAAAAAACAGCAAAGGACAACAAUAACGCGAUCCCUCGAGAGUGCGGUGAAAAAUCGGUGAAAUGGUGGAGUUGUGUCGCGGGUAUAUUUAGAAGCAGCACUUCGUGCCCCCCGAAGAACGUGGAAAUACUGCGGUUCGUUUCCAGCGUCGUUAAAUGUUCAUUAGCGGACUUUUCCCGACCUCUCCAUGGAUAAUCGUGACUUCGCAAUGAAUCCUUCGAAGAGUCCAUCCUUGAUCCUGUAUCGUCCUCUAACCGACCUGGCAAGUUGACUAAGGCUACCCAGACUUCUACCGAAGAAAGAGCAGGAAAAAUCUACUGAGACUGUAGACCAACGAUCGAUGAACCUUCGGUGCCGUGCUUCGCUAUAAGCUUGCUGCGGGUCCCGUCUCCUGAACAAGUAGAGAGGCAUUACCGUAAUCCAAGAGGAGAAAAGUGAACUCGAAGAUCCUCCUAGUUUACUUUACGUCCGAUCCGUAUCCUUAUACCUUGGCCAUAGAGGAAUUUAAUGGGUAGAGAAGAGGACUUUUGUCGAGGCUAUACCGUACUUCUGUAGCGAGGAGGAUUAUACUCGGAGGAAAUACUCGGAGGAUUAUACUUGGAGAGUGUACGAUGUUGGAAGGUGGACGUGCAGUGGUCUGGCUCCUUGUAUCAGCCCCACGAGCUGCACGCCACCCAAACGAUUCACGUACUAACCCAAUUGCACCUGUUUGAAACCCACCAGUUGCAGAGUCCUGCACCGUAACCCCAUGACGCAUUUAACACAUGGCCCGCCUGGAGAUUCCAAGCAUAGUGGUGCAUAAAGGCAGCAGGUCGCACAGCCGACCUGAGAGUCCCACGGUGGUGGUGGGAGGAGGAAUGCCCUCACUGCCGUCUUCCAGGCAAGGCUUCGUCAUAGGUGGCCCAAACGGUUCAUAUCAGAGCAGCUCAGAGUCGGAUAUGAUAGACGGGAAUGCCAACCCCAAUGUCGGCUCUUCAUCCUCGCUCCAUCGUACCUUGCCCUCCUGUCCAUCCGACAAGACCGACACAGAGAAUAAGAACUUUCGUAAUAGGGCGAAUACGAAGGUAAAGUUGCUGGUCAGGAGUCAUGCCAUGAGAGAGUCGACGUCUCCCCCGAGGGAGCCACACAACGGUUCGUCCUCUCCGCACAGUCCUCAGUCGGUGGACGGAGAGAGAAAGUUUACGGGUAACCUGUCCCCUAACUCCACCAACGCCAAGCUCAACAACAACGAGUCAAUGUUCAACAGUAAUCUGUGCCCGAAUCAGUCCCCAAAGCAAAUGCGCAACACGGCUACUUCACCUACCUGUCGAGCUCCGUCGCGAAAUGGUCAAUCUAGUCCUUCUCAAGUUCACUCACCAAAGAAUAACACAUCUCCAACGAACAGCAAUAAGUCAGAAUCCCAGCGUUCCAAGAUGACCGGUUCGAACGUGAUUCAGAAAUGCAAUAACUGCGUGAAGAACAAUCAAAACGACCGACCCUGCUUGCUACAGACGCCCGUGUCACCCUCGAAGUCGGGCCAGGCGUUGCAGCACUCGCCAAAGAGCAUAAACUUGGCCCAGAACGUUCAGAACAAUCAGAAGUUGGAGCAACGCAGACCGAACACGUUAAACAUCUGUAACAAUCAGUGCGGUACACAAUGCGGCAACACUUUGUCCGUGAGCAGACCGGGCUCACGGCACAAGCUGAGGCACCAGAACUCGUCCCAGGGUAGCUUCGACAGCGCCUCGCCGUGUCUGUCCAGAGACAGCAGCACAGAACUGUACACGGACAGCACCGGGAUAGAUCUGGAGCAUUUCAUCGCAGAAACCAUAAAUCGCAAUCAGAAGGACCGCACGGUGCUGUUGAAGAUCGAGAAAGAUCUAAUAGAAUUCGCGAAGGACAAACAGAAGGUCUGCCACAAGUUCCCGAACAUGUCCUCGUACAACAGGAUGCUGGUGCAUCGCGUGGCCGCUUAUUUCGGCAUGGAACACAACGUGGAUCAGUCCGGUUCAAGCGUGGUGGUGACCAGGACGAAGAACAUGCGGAUUCCAAACACUCGCUUCAAGGAGCACAUCAGGGACGAUCUGAUCCUCUCUGAGGAGCCGCGCAGAAGUAUUCUGAAAAGGGAUUCGAGCUCGUUCGAGGACAGCUUCAACUUCAAGUCACCCGAUAGAUUGUCUGGUGACUACUGUCGACAGAGUAAAAGUUUCGAAGAAAGAGAGGAGGAAUACGAACGCGCCAGGCGAAGGAUAUUCAAAGACAACAGUGGAGAUAGUGAAGUUCCUUCUUGGCCGUAUUGGUCGUCUUCGGAGAGCUCCGAUGCCUCUGCCAGAUACCGUUUGUUGCACCCUUCGGACCAUAUAAUGAGGCAAACCAAGCUGAUGAAAGGGGAGUCCUUCGACGGUAGGGAGUCUUGUCGAAGCGGUGUCUUGAGGCCAUCUGUUUCUAAGUCUUUCAGCUUCGGCGGUUAUACCAGGGGCAUGCUUUCCAGAGGGGACAGUGUCACAUCUACUCACAGCGCUGGCGCUCGUCUCAUGAAGCAAGACUCAGGUGCUAGCAUGUGUUCACGAUUAAGCCCCUCGAGCAGCGGCUACAAGUCGCAAAGCCAGCGUAGCGACGCCACGAUAUCUCCUUCGCCGUCGCCGUCGCCGGUGGCGAACAUGACGUGCAGUCAUACUCAAGUAUCUAGUCAGGAUCUCGCAUCGCCGGAAUCGAAUAAUCAGACAGUGAUGUGGGCGGUCACUAGUAUAUCCAGCGUGCCGCCCGGUAGCAUAAUCAUCAACCCGCAAACGAAUCAGCCAUACACGAAUCCGGACGGCUCGAUAUACCGUUUCGACCCGGAGAACCCGCCAAAGUUUUAUACCGCUGCUGUGUCGCCGCACGAAAAUGAUAGGAACGCCGUAUCACCCUGCAAGAAUACGGAGAACGCAUCCGAGCCAACCAAAAUGAACAACAACGUGAGGAACGAGGGCAACAGAAAGAGGUCGCAGUUGAAUAAGAACAACGGUGGUAACUCAACGACGGUCACUCACGUGACGAAUACUGCGACCUCGCCUAGCUUACCAUUUACACCACCACCGCAAUUGAAUCCGCCGCUUCAGCAUCAGCCGCAACAGCAGCAACACCAGCAGCAACACCAGCAGCAGCAGCAGCAACAACAACAACAACAGCAGCAACAGCAGCAACAACAACAGCAACAACAGCAGCAGCUGCAGCAACAGCAACAGCAGCAAGCACAGCAGCAGCAACAUCAGCCUCAGCAACAAACUCUAGUCAAAUCGUCAUCGACGAUGCAAUCUUGUAAUCAUAACCAAACGGCUCAACCGUACACCACAUACAUACCUACCUCAGAAUCGUACAACCAGGGUGUUUAUCCACCCCCCGUAGGACAGCAAACUGUGAUGAUGGCUCCUCAUCCGAACCAGGGUCAGCCGAAUGUACAGAAUAACGGCCAAGGGGAUGUAUUUAAUCAGAAUUCAGUUUACGCGAAUUAUGCAGUACCUGUGCAACAAGGACCAGUGUCGCAGACAACGGAAAUAACCGAGUUGUCUGGAUAUUUUAUGGGUAUGAGUAUCUAUGAUCAGCGCGUAUCCGGUGAUAAUCAUUCUACGCCGCCGCAUUCUUAUCCGCAACCGCAACCAUCGGCACACCAGGCGGUGCAGAGUGUACAGUCCAUGCCGCAGAACUACUGGCAGCCGCCUCCCAAUUCAGUUCCGCCGCAACAAACAAUGUAUUUCGUACCCCCGCCUGGUACAGCGCUUUCGGUCAGUCAGGGUCCAGGUGAUAGGCAACAGUUGCAUCAGCAACAGAGAUACACCACGAAUUAUUCUUUUAACGCGCAAACUAUGACGCCUCCGAGCCAAUCGAAUUCUAAUUAUGUGGGCAGCUAUCCAGUUCCUUACAAUUCGGUACCCGCCGUGACACCGACACCAGGAGAGUACAGUUAUCAGCCGCCGGUUCACAUGGUCCCCACGUAUUACCCGCAAGGACAAGCGGCGAUUCAACCACAACCCGUCAUGUACAGAGUACCUACGCCCCCGAAUACCCCGACUUCUAAUCAGAUGCCAGGAAUGCCAUUGAUGUACGUCAAUUCAGGCAAUUAUCCACCGCCAACGAUGGUGUCCAAUGGAACGUUCGGUCAUCAAGUCGGGCACAACGGCGCGUCCCCCGCGCCUCCUGGAACGUACAUGGCCCCCGCGCUGGUUCCCAAUCUCGUUAUCAGGCAGAAUGGUCCUGUUGUUGCCGGUGUUCGAGCUUCGACACCAGGCAAUUCUCAGAGGACCAGCAGGUCACCGACUCCAGCACAUGAGCUGUUCGGAAGUGGGAGCGGGGACAGAAGCGCACAACCCCAGCCACGCUACCCACUGCCAAUGUAUCAGGGUGUCCAUCUUGUGCAAGGGGAUAUGAGAUUGAUGCAUCCCGGAGUACCAGCUAAUCCGCGGCUGCAGUAUGCACCAGUACCAUCACCACCUGUUGUUCAAGGUUGUCCACGACCGUACCGCCCGCCUUCAUACUCGUCGAACACCUCAGGCGCUGGUACACCCACCUCGUUCGAUGGCAGAAAUCAGAAAAUUCGUAAACAGAGGUCCAAAGUAACAUCGUUGCCACCGACUGGCCCGCGGCCCAAUCUUUAUCAAACUCCUUCCAUGCCGUCGCUCUCGUCCAACGUACCGGAAGAUCUCAGAGGAGAAGUAAUGUUCUCGUCUUGCAGCGACCGUGAAGGUGACAAUCACUCGUCGAAACCAACUGGUACAAUAUUAGGUAGCUGGUCCAACCUGAGAAGAGAGAAAAAUGGGUGGGAAGGUGAGAGACGAAACGAGAGAAAAAAAAGAGAGAGACAGAGAAAAGAGAGAAUAAGGGCGAGACACAAGAUGAAAUAAACGUGAGAAAACAACGUCGCAGGAUUACGAGAAAAACGAACAAUUGGAACCGGAUGUCGGACCCGUGGUUCAGCGACGCAACACGACAAGAUUCGUAAUUAAUUCGCUAAUCCCGUAAUUAUUUAAUCAUCCACGGAGGAGAGGGUACGCGAACGCACAUCGCCGCCACCGAAAUAUAUAUGUAUAAAUAUAUAUUUAUAUAUAUACAUCUCGAGGAGAACGGAGAACGCGUUUUGCAGCAAAAACGGUUCAUCAAAAACAACAACAACAACAGAAAACCCUUUUGAUAAAAACGACCGAAUCCGAUGGAACAGUCGCCUGUAUAUCGAUUAAGGAAAUUCGAACUUAUCAUCAAGAUCCAAUUUGGGGAAUAUUAAAGGGUGGGUAGGGGCAGGGGGUGGGGGGCUGAAAGAAAUUCUAUACAAGUGUGCUCAUAGGA